AUGCGCUCUGGGCUUCUGAUGUCGAUGCUUACAAAAUCAAACUUACGAAAGGCAACUACAACCAGUGGUACGCAAACUGAUUCCAGUGCAAGCGCGAGUACAAGUACAUCAGGAAGCUCCAGUAGUGUUUUUUCUCUCCCACCUCUAACCGCUGAGCAGACGCCCCUCCCUAUGGACGUUUCGGCUACCUCUUCGAGUAUUGGGACUUCUCACGGUCCGACGGACAUAUCAGAGCUCUCCGCGCCAAGUCCUCCUGCUCCCACUGUGAGAAUAGUCAAUGUAACUACAGAUAGGGGUGAAGAAGUGGAGCCCAUACUAUCGAAGGAAUAA